AUUCUCUCUGUCAUUGCACGAAUGUACGAAUGUUGCGUCAACGAAAAUCACGUAGAAAUUUGCCGCAUCGAAUCCACUUGUUUUUUGCGACAUCCACCUCAAAGAGGAGCAACGAAUCGAGCAAUUCCAUUUAUUCCAGUGUUUAUUGAUUAAAUAUUGUCUCAAAUUAAAGUGACGAAAGUAUUUGUGUAACGAUGACAGCCUUUGAAGAAUUCGGCGUUAUGCCUGAAAUUGCCAAGGCUGUGGAGGAAAUGGAAUGGACACUACCGACUGACGUGCAAGCCGAAGCGAUUCCAUUGAUUCUUGGCGGCGGUGAUGUUUUGAUGGCAGCUGAAACUGGAAGUGGAAAAACGGGAGCAUUUUGUCUGCCCAUUCUACAAACCGUUUGGGAAACGCUGCGCGAUAUUCGUGAUGGCAAGAAUAAAAAUGCGCCGGUCAGUGGUGGUAGCAGCAGUGAACUAACCUGGAAAAUGUCCGUGUAUGAUCGAGGCAACGCGAUGGCAAUAGCACCGGAUGGUUUACGGUGUCAAAGUCGUGAGUUCAAAGACUGGCACGGAUGCCGUGCAACGGCUGGUGUUAGAAAUCGAGGCAAAUACUUUUUCGAAGCAAUAAUUUGCGAUGAAGGAUUGUGUCGUGUCGGUUGGUCAACUCAAUCGGCUACUUUAGACUUAGGAACAGAUCGCUUUAGUUUUGGCUUUGGUGGCACCGGUAAAAAGUCACACAAUCGCCAGUUUGACGACUACGGCGAAGCCUUUGGCAAAAAUGAUGUGCUGACUUGUUUGCUUGAUUUCGAACGAAAUGAAAUUUCGUAUCUGAAAAAUGGCGUUAGCCUUGGAGUGGCUUUUCGUAUAAACGAUAAUUUACGAAAUGAGACCUUCUACCCGGCUGUUGUUUUGAAAAAUGCUGAGAUUUUGUUCAAUUUUGGCGAUGCACCGUUCAAGUACAAUGCACCACAAGGGUAUGUUGCCUGUUCAAAGGUGGAGCCAAAGAACAUUAAGGCAAAUUCAGCGAGUCAAUCACAGUCACAGCAACCGCUUCAACCAAAACCAAACGCACCGCAUGCAAUAAUCAUUGAACCAUCACGAGAAUUGGCCGAACAAACACUCGAACAAAUUCAUAAGUUUAAAAAAUAUCUCAAAGAACCGCACAUCAAAGAGCUGCUGGUCAUUGGAAAGGUACCGAUUCGUGAACAAAUGGAAGCACUGAAAAAUGGUGUCGAUAUUAUUGUUGCAACACCCGGUCGACUCGAAGAAUUCAUCAACUCUGAACAAAUAUUGCUAACACAUUGCCGAUUUUUUGUACUGGAUGAAGCUGAUGGAUUGCUUAAAGCCAACUAUGGCAAUUUAAUUGAGAAUAUUCAUAAGAGAAUACCGAAAAUCACUAGCGAUUUGCAACGCUUGCAAAUGAUUGUGUGCAGUGCCACGUUGCAUUCGUUUGAAGUGAAGAAAAUGGCUGAGAAACUGAUGCACUUUCCCACUUGGAUCGAUUUGAAGGGUGAGGAUGCUGUACCCGAAACCGUUCAUCAUGUGGUUUGUGUCGUUGAUCCACAGAAAGACACCACUUGGCACAAUUUACGUCGUCACAUCCAAACUGAUGGUGUGCAUGCAAAAGAUGGUGUUCGACCUGGGCUCAACACACCGGAAACAUUCUCGGAAGCGAUAAAAAUGCUAAAAGGUGACUAUUGCGUUCAGGCCAUCAACGAACACAAAAUGGAUCGAGCCCUCAUAUUUUGCCGAACAAAAUUGGACUGCGAUAAUUUAGAGCGAUACUUGCGACAAGUUGACGCUGCAAAUUACUCAUGCGUGUGCUUGCACGGUGACCGAAAGCCACAAGAACGGAAGCAAAACUUGGAAAUGUUCAAAAAUAAGGAGCGCAAAUUUUUAAUCUGUACCGAUGUAGCGGCCCGAGGUAUCGAUAUCUCCGGAUUGCCAUUCAUGAUUAACAUCACAUUGCCCGAUGAAAAGUCAAACUACGUCCAUCGAAUCGGUCGUGUUGGUCGAGCCGAACGCAUGGGUCUUGCAAUCAGUUUGGUUUCGAGUGUGCCAGAGAAGGUUUGGUAUCAUGGCGAAUGGUGUUCGUCACGCGGUCGCAACUGUUGGAAUACCAAUUUGAUCACUGACCACCCGAAGGGAUGCUGCACAUGGCUCAACGAGAAAAAUAUGCUUGCUGAAGUCGAAGACCAUCUCAACAUCACGAUUACACAGGUUGAUAAAAAUAUGCAGGUGCCAGUGAACGAAUUCGAUGGAAAAGUCGUUUACGGAGAGAAAUUACAGAACAAAGGAACCAAUUACCAAGAUCACGUGGAACAAUUGAAACCAAUCGUCCAAAAUUUAGCCAAACUCGAAGCAAAGGCGCAACUGGAAUUUUUGAAACACAUGAAAGUUCAUUGAAAGAGAAAAAAAAACACAGUUGUUUUUCUUAAAUUUUAUCAUAAUUUAAUUUGUCCAACAAACAUUGCAUAAAUUUGGAGUAAAAUCAUCAAUUUUUGUAGCAUGAUUGAUUUGCACCAACAACAAAAUCUCUUUCAUGUGACAUUCGAGAGUAUUCUGGCGCAUUUUCAACAGAUAACACGCAUUCAAAUUCUUAAUCAUUUAUCAUCAUUAUUCAUAAAAGAAUGUAAACGCCAAAAUUUCAAAUAAACCGUGUUUUUUCUAAAAAAAAAAAAA